AUGAGCAGUAAUCUAGCGAUACUAAUCAGUUUGACAAUCGUUCAAAUCCCGUCGUUCUUCUGUGCAAUUCAGAUUCUUCGAUUCGGGCAACGAAACAAUCCAUUAACACGUCUACCCAAUCAUCUUCUUGUUUGUCUAUUAAUAGUUUCACUCUAUGCGAUUGCCAUUGAUUUACCAUUUACUCAGGCAUUUCUAUGGCUUGGCUUCGUCCCUAUUCAAACUUCUUCUAUGUGUACUUUUUAUAACAUCUCGUUUUCUACCAUGAGUGGCUUGAAUCGUGCAUUAAUGGCAUUUAUGUCGCUCGAGCGACAUUUUCUUGUCUUUCGCCCGCAACUCUAUCAUACAUUUCGUUCACGCGUUUUAUAUCAUUAUAUUCCACUCAUAAUUACAAUAUUGGCCGUUGUAUUAUACUUCAUUCCUACGACUAUCUUCGUCUCUUGUUCCACUGCGUCUUAUGAUUACACUCGAUUCAUGUGUGGUUAUACAUGUGCGGUUCGCGUACCAAGCUUCAUAUUAAUUUUGGUGUGGUUAUACGUCUUUCUUCCGACAGCAAUCAUAACUGUUGCAAAAUGGAAUCGUACUCGAAAAAUGAUCAUACACACAAGUGUAAUCUCCGGAGCAUACAUCCUUUGUUGGUUACCCUUUUCAAUUAUUCUUCAGUUGUCUGUCAAUGGAAUCACAUCGUUUAAUGACUAUAACAUCAGUCAGUUUCUCAUCUAUGGGCCAUACUUAACACCAUUAUUAACGCCAUUCAUUGUACAACAAACGAUUCCAGCACGACAAACUACAGUUCAGCCUGAAAAUGUCCAGUGA